GACGGUGUGUAACCGCUUGUGUGAACUGUGCAUAUGGAUUCCUCCAUGCAUGUGGCUUACUAUCAGUUCGGUUGAUAUUCGGAUCGGAAAACAGUGUUCUCUUUUGGAUUUAACAAGCGCUUGUGCAUUUUCAAUUAAGUGAAGGAAUAUUGACUCAAAAAAUGAAUAAACUUCAGCAGCAAUUCAAAGCUCAUGAUGAAAUGAAAUGUUUUGAAGAAGCUAGAAUACAAAAAUACUUUUCUGGUUAAUGUCAUUAUUCCGUACAAAAUAUGCGGAAGCCGGUUCUUAUUCUGAAGAUGCCUCUCGAGCAGUUGUUCUCCAAACGAUGGAUAAAAGUUGAAAGAUCAUCGGAGGUUCUCAGGUUACAACUUAAAUAUUGUUAUUGAGCUAUCAGCUGACGUAAUGUCGUCGUCUAAGGAAAAAGAAGACAGAAUGGCAAUCAAUACCCCAGUAUUCCUACUGAUUCAAGAGCAAGCCAAGUCUGAAGUUGCCAUACAGGCACUUCAGUCCCGAAUGGCAGUCCUUGAAAGUCUUCAAGAACGUCUGAUGCGGGCUAUUGACGAUGUUAAUAAGCAUUUGACUCCUACCAAGCAAGGUGCUCAAGCAAUAUCCCAUUCAUCAGAAAAGAUUUCAGCAAAAGAAGUUGCUAGCAGUCGGUCAAGUUCGUCAACUGUUAAAACCGAAUUAUCCAAAAGCGACAGCUUAAAUAAGGACAGUGGCAUUGGGGCAAGUGAAAGCAGUCUUCUUCACACAGAGCCUUGUAAAAGCUCGGAGGAAAAUGAUGAGCUUUUACAACUUUUGGACUUGAUUGACCAAAAGAGUUUAGUACUUCUUCAGCAGGUUGAAGGCAGUGUUACACCAGAAAAAGCGAGCCAAAAACCUGAAAUGAAUGAACAUUCCAAUAAUUUGUUGCUGGACAACCUUUUAUUUGAAAAAGUAGAUACUCAGAGACAAUUGUCUGAGGUUAGGGCUGAGCGAGAUGAACUCAAGUCCCGGUUAGCUAAGCUGGAACUUGCUACCGAAGCUGUAAUGAAAGAAAAACUUAAAGUGCAACAACAACUGGAUGCAUCUUUGACGGAAAACCGUAGUCUACACGAGAAAAUACAAAUUAUCGGUGACUCGAAAUUCAAAGCUGAAACUCAAGGCUUUAUGGUAGACAUAGAAAAAGCGAAUGUCAAAAGAAAAUAUCUCCAGUUUAGUGAGAAAAGUCGCAGACGAGUUUCAUCUAUUUUGAAAGAAACGAACGUAUUAGAACUUCAGAAGCAACUUUUAACGUAUGUGAUGGAGAACGAUAUUCUUCGGGCCAAACUAGAACAGAAUGAGCCAUCUAGAAUGGCAAAUUGGUUAAAAGUAGAAUCCCGUUUAAAAGCAGAAUUAAAAGAUGCAUUAGAGGCCAAACAGUCUAUGCAAGAAACGCUAGAGAGAAGAAACUUAGAAAUUGCUUCGCUGAAAGAUAGAAUUCGUGCCUUAGAAGAACCUGUCGACAAUGAUUCCUGUGUAAAAAACUUCGGAAUGAGUAGUACAGAAGAUUGGAGGGAACCUGGUAUAGCAAAUGCAUAUAAUAAACGUUCUAAUCUUAAUGCCGUUUCGCCUUAUUCCCCUUUAGGUUAUGGAGAUUUCUCCAAAACGCAAAGUCUUCCUGCUAUGCUUUUGACGGAAGCCCAAGCUAAGUCCAAAUUACAACAAAAUGAACCUGUUGAUUAUGGGCAUGUUUAUGACACGGGAAGUUUUACGGAUAUUCCAUUGAACAGCAGCUAUCAACCAGAACAACCAUUUUCUCAUUCUAGCCAUACAACUGAUCAUUCCAAAGACCUUGUAGAUUUUUCCACGCCAACUGGUCCAAAUUACUCGUCGGCAUCGACUUUAGUUCAAUCUCCCUUUGCUUAUCAGCCCACACUGAAUUCUGGUUUGUCCGUUCCAAACCUUAGUGGUCAAAGCAGCCAAACGACAUUUCAGAACUGGGGCUUUGCCUCGCGCAAAACGUCAGCCAUCGGUGUCAUUGGCAAGGAAGAGGGUGCCAAAUUAGUAAAUGGCCAUCUAUGCUGGAAAGGUGCGAAAGAACUUGAAACACGUGAUAUCUCGAGUAUCUGCACAGAGUUUGAUCCUCUGAGUGAUGAUGCACCCUCGUGUGAAAACUUUGUUGACUCUUUAAAUUUGUCCAUUCCACUGAAGCCAUCCCAAUUAGGUGUGUCCCAGUUGUCUUCUAUUGGUGACAGUCUGCAUAGUGCUAGUUUAGACAUAGGUUGUGCAACUUCUGGAGUCUUGUGUCAGGAUACCAGGAAAAUAUCAAACGCUCGUUCUGUUGAUGGAAUUCGAGAACUACUUGUUGACAGUGGCUAUUUCAAAAGGCCAGCUUCUUCCCCGUAUACGCAUUCUAACGUUGUAAUGCGUGGUAAAACUGGUCGUCAACUACCAGUUAAUAUAAUGAACUGUAUGCACGAAGUCUCGGAUUAUUCAUUGUUGUGAUAUUGCCUUAAAAAACUGUUGUGUAUUUUAUUAUGAAUUCUAAAAUUCUCGCAAUGGACCAAUAUAUAUGCAUAGUUGUUAGUUUUUAAAUGUUGUGCAUUAAAACGAUUUUAUAUUGA